CGGAGUGUUUUUGGUAGAUAGCUUUUGGAGGAUCUUAAAACUUUUAGGUGAUUCAUUUUGAGUUCGUCUUUCGACAACGGAAAUAGCAAAAAACAUGAACACGAGUCGUUACACUGAGGAGCCUCGUGUCGAUGAGAGACUGACCGAUGAUGAGGAGGACUAUGACGCUGAGGAACCUGAGAAGAAGUACCAUCAAGAUCUCAGCAGCCGCAUCAAGGAGAAAGCCUACCGUCGUUUAGUCAAGACCGGGAUUCCUCGUAGGCCUGGAUUCUAUCAGCUUCAGACAUGUCAUUCCAUGGCCAACAAGCCGAGUGGUCACUACUACAAUGGCAAACACUGGGAGAUGGCCCAACAAUCACAGAGUAAAGGUAGUGUGGCUGCUGUCCUACGUCCCUUAGAGCGAACCACUAGACGACUCACUAUCUGCGCUGUCAACCAGGCCGCGAAUGAGGAGCAGAGACGUAGGAGCAAGGACGAGGCUCGCGAGAUGCAAUUGGCCUGCAGAAUCCUCCUCCCAUUGCAGAAAGAAUUCAAAAACAUCAUUGCUCUCAAUGAGGAGGAACAGAAGCAGGAAGAAGAGUUCAAGAAGAUGGAUUUAUAUCAGGAGAAAGAUUGCGUGAUGGCCCAACUCCUUCACUUUAAGGACGCCAAGAGAGUAGACAAUGCAACAGAGGAGGAACGACAACGAAGGAUGUCCAUCAUGUCCGAACUGACCGAUGAUGAAAAGUCUUCUGGCGAUGCAAGUUUCCGCGAGAUGCUACGAUCUCUUUCUCAGAUGAGUAAACUAUGGAAAGACAUUCAAGAUGAGCUCAGUUAUGCCGUCACAGACUUGGAGGAAGUGCAUGUGGAGGAGGAGCAUGCAGUUGGUGACAUUUUCAAUGAACUUAAAGACGAGUUUGUGUUGAGCUUCAAGCGUGCGACGUUCCUCAUGAAGUUUCACAUGGCAGAAGAAAAUGAACGUCAGCGUCGCGUGAAUGAGGCAAGGCUCCUUGAAAGUGGGCAAAAGCAGAUGGACAAAGUGACAAGACGCUCUUCAUACAACAAGGAAAUGAACCAGCAGGAGCUUAUGAGAGUAUUCAAUGGAAUAUUAAUGAGUGAGCAUGAGAAGGAGGCACAGGAUGAGUAUGCCAGCGAUCAGAGGAAGCUGGCAACCAUGGAAGAAAUGCUGCGUCGCAAUUCCAUCAAAGUGGCAGAUCACGCAUGCGCCGAGGAACGCGCACGCCGUCUUCAAGAGGCUGAUGAGGAGAUGCGCGCAGGAAUACGCAUAGACUCCCUCAAGGAGAGAAUCAAGGAUGUCAUGGUAGAUGUUCAGGAACAGAUGCUGCUCCAGAUAUUCCGUGGACACAAGAUCCGAGUCACCGACCGACGUGAAGAUCCGUACGACCAAGAAGAGACAGCUCAAGAUCGAAAGCUGCGCAGUCAGCGUCUUCAAUCACGUCGCAAGUCUUGUGUAGUCUCGGGCUACUAAGCAACACCGGGACAAUACAACCUCCGUCACUUUCAACUCUCAAAGACUCUUCCGGGUUUUUAGAACAUCAUGAAAAACAAACAAAUUAAUACUUGGGCAAAACUAAAUCAUCAAUUCUUUUUGGCAACUACUUAUUUAAAUAACAAUCAUUAAAAAAAAACAUUUAUCAGGUUUCAAAUUAAAAAAAAAAAAGUUAAGCCAAAAUGAAGUUUGCAAUCAUAUGAAAGCUGAACUAUUGCAGCGUACAAUCCGAGUAGGAUAACUAAAUGCUAAAUAGCUUAAAAUUCAAGUAAAAGAAAUUACUUAAGUGUUGAAAUGCACAGA